AUGUACCGAAGGGGAGAACUCGGGCAUUUUGCAGAUCGUAUUCUGACUGGUUGGAGACCAAAUUACGCCGAUGAAGUGAAGAAAGCGCAGAACCGGGAUCUGGCUGAGAAAUUACAUGCUAAGGUGCAGGAGCAAUUAUCACAGACUCAGGUCGAUUCUAACACUCCGACCCGAUUAAGUAGAGAGGAGGAGGAUAGCAUCAUCGAGACCGUCAUUGGACCGAGUAGGAAGAACAGAUACAGGUGGAGAGGAUCCGAGCAUCGGCCGUACGAGUCCAGUAGCACCUACGAGUCUGCAGCUCCACCAGGAUGCAGUUCUUCUCAAGACCCGACUAUGGAGCAGCGGAUGAAAGCGAUGGAAGAUUGGCAGUCGCGUCGGGAGUCGGAGCUACUCCAGAUGGCGGAGGAAGAACGGAGGCGCCGGGAGCAGAGGGAGCUGGAAUUCACCCAGUUCAUAUCGACUCUGCCUUCUGAUGCUCAGGAGGCAUAUAGGAGACGGUUUUUGGCGGAUCAGGCUGGGACUUCUCGACAAGGUGGAGUUGGUGAUGAGGAUGAGGAUGAUGAUGAUCGGGACUGAGUUUAUUUGUUUUAACAUUAAAAACAAUGGGUGUGCUGUAUAAACAUUUCUAAUGUUGGGAUAUUCAUUAUGUUUUUAGUGAAAUAAUUGUUAUA